AUGACUAACACUGAGAGAGAGUUCGUGAACAAGUUCUUAACGCUUGCAGCAUUGGAAGAGCCUACCAGGACCAGGGACUACUUUAAGCCCCUCGAGCAGGUCAAAUCCAUAGCUGUUACAUUACAGCCGUUGAAGUACAAAUACAACAAACAGAGCCGUCCCCGGGCGGGACAGGGCUUGGAGGGCAACGAAGUCAAGUUGUUCUUGAAGUCAGUGCGGCCACCACGGUUUGCGCACACGGCGUUGUUUGCCGCCAAUGACAAUGUGUCUCAGGUGAAGGAGCGGUUGCGGGAGAUAGAGCCUGCGGUGAGCACGGCGGAUUUGAGGCUUUUGUUGAAGGGCAAGGUUCUGAACGAUGGCAUGAUUCUUUCGGACCUGAAGGCUCCGGAGGCGGCACUAAUGGUUCUAGUGCAGCCACACAGAGAAAACGCGCCUGCUGCGGCGGCCGCGCCGCCCAGACCGGAAAGCGACGGGCUCGACGUGGCUGCGGUCCCCACGCUGGAUGUGCCCUGGGACAGGAUCUCUUCUACGCUCGAGGAUGCGCUGGGUGAUCGCGGCGUAGCCGCAGCUACGUUGACACGUCUACAACGCGGCUGGGAUCUAGCAGGCUGA